CAUAACUAGGUAGAGUAGUACGGUGUCUCCAGCUGUAACUGACAGAUGGAGGAGGCUAUUCAGCUGAUGGCGGCGGCAGCGGCGGAGAUGAGAGCGGAAGCUAUCCGCCUUAGAGAAGAAGUGGCGGAAAUGGAAGCCGCUGUUGAAGACAAGACGAAUGAGGUGGAAUUUGAGAAGAGGAGACGCAAUCAACUCCUCACUGAACUGCUGCUUCUGGUAGCGGCAGAGCAGAAAGGAUAUGGCGAGCUUCAUUCUGAAAGUACCCAACUUGAGGAGCUUUACUGUUUCUGCUUCGGCAAAUGGGGCUCCUCCGGGAUCUGGUUCACAAAGUGGGGGUCCGGUGAUUUUGGAGCUUCCUCUAGAUAAGAUAAGGAGACCCCUGAUGCGAACUAGAGCUAAUGACCCAAACAAAGUGAAGGAACUCAUGGAUAGCAUCAAAGAAAUUGGUCUUCAAGUACCUAUUGAUGUGCUGGAGGUGGAUGGAGUUUAUUACGGUUUCUCUGGUUGUCACCGAUAUGAGGCUCACCAGCGCCUUGGACUCCCAACUAUACGCUGCAAAGUUAGACGUGGAACAAAAGAAACUCUUAGGCAUCAUCUUCGCUGAUGUGAAGUCCUUUUUGCAAAAUGUUGUAUGGCCACAAUCAAUUCUUGCAUUUUUGGUGUGUUUUUGUGUUACUUUUCCAGCUAAUUACAUAUAUAGAGAAGAGCUUAACUCAAUAAUUAUCGAACUUUUCU